CGCUAUACUGCGAAUCCCACAUCCCCGCCUCAGACAGCGGGGCAACAUGCAAAAAGCACUUUAGUAAUUUAUGCCGCAGCACUAGAAGAAGAUCAAAGCGAGUUUUGGUUUGGCUUCUGAGCGAAUGGAUUAUAUGUGCUUGUAGGCUACACGAUGGUUUGAUGUGUAGGUAUAUCUGGAGAAGCUAAUUGGUUGAAUGUGACUUUAUGCGUGCACAAUUGGUCUUCUAAUUGAUAUCUCAGUUUCGCCUGAGUCUCGGAAUAAAUCCAACUUAAGAUGGCUUUAGUAGUACGCCUCAAGACCAUCACCUUCCUGCGGGGAAAAGCGGACAGGGUUGCUAAAGUGACGUUUCGAGGUCUGCCUUUCUAUUCGCGUGUGCUGGAGAACUGUGAAGAUGAAGCCAGAUUUGAUGAGACGUUCCGUUGGCCCAUUGGGAGUAAGGUGGAUGGCAACGAGAUUCUGGAGAUCCAGGUGUACAACUACAGCAAGGUGUUCACCAACAGGUUUAUAGGAACCUUCCGGAUGGUUCUUCAGAAGGUGGUGGAAGAGGGACAGCUGGAGGUGUCGGACACACUGAUCGAUGACAACAACACAGCCAUACAGACGGCCGUUUCCAUAGAGAUCAGAUACCAGACGAUGGACAUGAGUGUGAAAGUGUGGAGUGACGGCGAGUUCCUGGACAUUCCGGAUGAAUCCGAGGGGAUAUUCCAGUUUGAGACAGAAAGCCUUCUCUCCGGCCACAGCCAGAGUUCAGGGGUGUCACCGGGACGACGGUCUCUCCAGAACUCCAUCCCCACAUUCAGGAAAGCAGGGAAAGGCGUCUUCUCUGCCAUGAAGCUCGGGAAAACUCGCAUCUCCAAAGAUGACCACAAGAGAGCAGACGAUGCUGCUGUCCUGGAGACAGAGGACCUGGAUCGCAAGGCCAUGCGCCUGGGCGGUAUCCUCGACCCCGACACCAUCUCCCUCGCCUCUGUUACUGCGGUAACCACCAACGUCUCCAACAAAAGGUCAAAGCCUGACAUUAAGAUGGAGCCCAUUUCUGGUAGACCGGUGGAUUAUCAGAUCAGUGUGACAGUAAUCGAGGCGCGUCAGCUUGUGGGGUUGAACAUGGACCCUGUGGUGUGUGUCGAGAUUGGAGACGACAAGAAGUACACGUCCAUGAAGGAGUCCACCAACUGCCCCUACUACAACGAGUAUUUUGUCUUCGACUUCCACGUGCCACCAGAUGUGAUGUUUGACAAGAUACUAAAGAUCUCUGUGAUCCACUCCAAGAACUUGCUGCGCAGUGGCACGCUGGUGGGAACCUUCAAGAUGGACGUUGGCACGGUGUACUCACAGCCUGAGCACCAGUUUUACCAUAAAUGGGCAAUGCUGUCUGACCCUGAUGACAUCACCACCGGGUGCAAAGGUUACGUGAAGUGCGACAUAGCCGUGGUGGGGAAAGGAGACAACAUCAAGACCCCUCACAAGGCCAAUGAGACCGAUGAGGAUGACAUCGAAGGGAACCUGCUCCUGCCCGAGGGGGUUCCCUCGGAGCGCCAGUGGGCCCGGUUCUACGUGAAGAUCUACCGGGCCGAGGGCCUGCCCAAGAUGAACACCAGCAUCAUGGCCAAUGUCAAGAAGGCCUUCAUCGGGGAGAACCGAGACCUUGUUGACCCUUACGCCCAAGUGCAGUUCUCCGGGCAGAAGGGAAAGACAUCUGUUCAGAAGAGCAGCUACGAGCCCAUUUGGAACGAGCAGAUCAUCUUCACAGAGAUGUUCCCACCAUUGUGCAAACGCAUCAAGGUCCAGAUUCGAGACUCGGACAAAGUCAAUGACGUGGCCAUAGGAACGCAUUUCAUUGACCUGCGUAAGAUCGCCAACGACGGAGACAAGGGUUUUCUGCCCACCAUGGGCCCAGCGUGGGUACACAUGUACGGCUCAACACGGAACUACACACUGAUGGACGAGCACCAGGACCUCAACGAUGGGCUGGGGGAGGGCGUGUCCUUCAGGGCCCGCCUCCUGAUUGGUGUCAACGUGGAGAUCCUGGACACCACCUCCCCAGAGAUCAUGAGCUCCACCGAAGUGCAGGUGGAACCCGUCUCCAACAUCUCAGAGAGUGCCACUGGGAAGGUGGAGGAGUUCUUUCUCUUUGGCUCCUUUCUGGAGGCCACCAUGAUUGAUAGGAAGAUUGGAGACAAGCCAAUCAGCUUUGAGGUCACAAUAGGUAACUACGGCAACCAGAUUGAUGGGGUGAGCAAGCCAGCGUCGUCCUCGUCGGGGAAGAAGAGGCGAGAGGGCGGGCCGGAGAGCGACGAGGAGGAGUCGGAGCUCAUCCAGCACUCGAGCGACGAAGAGGCAGACGACAGCGCUGACCUUGUGUCGGUGUCCUCCACGCCUGUCAUGAAGCCCGUCAUCACCGACAGGAAUUACUUUCACCUGCCAUACUUUGACAAGAAGCCGUGCAUCUACAUCAAGAGCUGGUGGCAAGACCAGAGGCGUCGCCUUUACAACUCCAACAUCAUGGACAAGAUCGCAGACAAACUGGAGGAGGGCCUGAAUGACGUCCAGGAGAUCAUUAAAACAGAGAAGGCGUACCCUGAACGCCGGCUGAGGGGGGUGCUGGAGGAACUCAGCACUGGCUGCAGUCGUUACGUUACUCUGGCAAACAAGGACCAGAGCCAGGCAGGCCGGACAAAGCUGGACAGAGAAAGACUCAAGUCCUGCAUGAGAGAAAUGGACAGCAUGAGUCAGCAGGCCAAAAGUAUCCGCACGCAGGUGAAGAGGAACACAGUAAAGGACAAACUCAAGAUGGUGCACAACUUCCUGCAGCGUCUCCGCUUCCUGGCCGAUGAGCCCCAGCACAGCAUCCCGGACGUCUUCAUCUGGAUGAUGAGCAACAACAAGCGGGUGGCUUACGCCCGGGUGCCCUCCAAGGACAUCCUCUACUCCAUUGUGGACGAGGAGACGGGCAAGGACUGCGCCAAAGUCAAAACCGUCUUUCUCAGGCUGCCGGGUAAGAAAGGCUUCGGUCCGGCUGGCUGGACGGUGCAGGCCAAGCUGGAGAUGUACCUGUGGCUCGGUCUCAACAAGCAGAGGAAGGACUUCCUCAGCGGCCUGCCAAGCGGCUUUGAGGAGAACAAAGCAGCCAAGGCCACUGGCCUGCAGUCUGUGCCGCCUAUCAGCCUGGUCUACAACAUGAAGCAGGUGUUCCAGCUGAGAGCUCACAUGUAUCAAGCCCGCAGUCUGUUUGCCGCUGAUAGCAGCGGCCUGUCUGACCCCUUCGCCAGAGUCUUCUUCUCCACACACAGCCAAGUCACAGAGGUGCUGAGUGAGACCCUCUGCCCCACGUGGGAUCAGCUGCUGGUCUUUGAUAACGUGGAGCUCUACGGUGAGGCCAGCGAGCUCCGUGAUGACCCCCCCAUCAUCGUCAUAGAGAUCUACGACCAGGACACGGUGGGCAAGGCUGAGUACAUUGGCCGCACAUUUGCCAAGCCUGUGACAAAGAUGGUUGAUGAGCACUAUGGCCCGCCCCGAUUCCCCCCACAGCUGGAGUACUACCAGAUCUACAGGGGCAACUGCACCGCUGGGGAACUCCUCGCUGCCUUUGAGCUGCUGCAGAUCCCCUAUGACGAUGAGGAGAUCCGGAGGGCUCUCAUCGCCGUGCAUAACUUUGCUGUUCCUCAGAUCAAGGUGGGUCCUGCUGGGAAAGGGAGCUUACCCCCGAUCGACGGGCCGACGGAUUCGGAGCGUGGGCCCAUCCUGCCCGUUCCUCUGGGGAUCCGACCCAUCCUCAGCCGGUACCGCAUCGAGGUGCUGUUCUGGGGCCUGAGGGACCUGAAGCGCGUCAACCUGGCCCAGGUGGAUCGGCCACGUGUGGACAUUGAGUGUGCCGGCAGAGGGGUCCAGUCCUCGCUCAUCCAGAACUACAAGAAGAACCCCAACUUCAGCACCCUCGUCAAAUGGUUCGAAGUGGACCUGCCUGAGAACGAGCUGCUGCACCCUCCUCUCAACAUCCGGGUGGUGGACUGCCGCGCCUUUGGCCGCUACACCCUGGUGGGCUCCCAUGCGGUCACCAGCCUACGCAAGUUCCUCUACAUCGCACCAGGCAAGACCAAUGCCAACAGCUGGGGCCAAACAGCUAGUCUGCUGAACGGCUACACGGCGCUGACCAACGGGGCGUCCCGCUCUCGCUCCCACUCCCACACCCCCUCUCGCCCCCCAGGUGACAUCAUGGUCAACAUGGAGCCAGAGAUUAACGUCAAGAAGAUGGACACUGUGGUCAAGCUGGAUGCCACGUCAGAUGCAGUUGUUAAAAUUGAUGUGAAUGAGGAGGAGAAGGACAAAGAUGGACAGAAGAGGAAGAAGAAGAAGAAGAAAGGAGAGGAGCCAGAGGAGGAGGAGUUGGACGAGAGCAUGCUGGACUGGUGGUCCAAAUACUUCGCCUCCAUAGAGACCAUGAUGGAGAAAUUGCGAGCACAGGAGGCCGCCCAGGCAGAGGCGGAUGAGAGAGAAGACCUGGAGAUUGCCGCAGAGGGAGCAGAGCUGAAAGUGGAUGACUCCCCUGUGAAAGGCACCAAACCCAAAGAGAAGGUCAAAGACAAAAGCAAGAGCUCCAAGGACAAGAAGAAGAACCACUCGGCCGAGGCCCAGGACAAACGGCCCACCAAGCCCAGGGUGGACGAGCUGCUGGCGUACAAUAAGGAGCUGGAGGGUGAGUUCAAUAACUUUGAGGACUGGCUCCACACUUUCAACUUGUACCGGGGGAAAGCUGCAGACGACGAUGAACACCACAUGGCCGAUGACGACAGGAUUGUGGGCAGGUUCAAGGGGUCGGUGUGUUUGUACAAGCUGCCCCUGUCGGAUGAGUUCUCCAGAGAGGCAGGCUUCGACCCCAACAUGGGCAUGUUCCAGAACAUUCCCCACAACGAUCCCAUGAAUGUAUUGGUCAGGGUUUACGUGGUCCGGGCCACUGAUUUACACCCCGCAGACAUCAAUGGCAAAGCUGACCCGUACAUUGCCAUCAAACUGGGCAAGACAGAGCUGAAGGACAAGGAGAACUACAUCUCCAAGCAACUCAAUCCCGUCUUUGGAAAGUCCUUUGACAUUGAGGCCACAUUCCCCAUGGAGUCCAUGCUGACUGUCUCCGUGUACGACUGGGAUCUGGUGGGCACGGAUGACCUCAUUGGAGAAACCAGGAUUGACCUGGAGAACCGCUACUACAGCAAACACAGAGCCACGUGUGGCAUCGCAGCCAACUAUUCAGUCCAUGGUUACAACAUAUGGCGGGACCCUUUGAAGCCCACCCAGAUCCUGGCCAAGCUGUGCAAGGACGGCAAGCUGGAUGGACCACACUACGGCCCAGGGGGCAGGGUGAAGGUGGCUAACCGCAUCUUCACCGCCACAACCGAUAUCGAGGACGAGAAUGGCCUGAAGAAGCAGACAGACGAGCACCUGGCUCUGACGGUUCUCAAACACUGGGAGGACAUGCCCAGAGUCGGCUGCAAACUCAUCCCAGAACAUGUCGAGACCAGACCCCUAUUCAACCCAGACAAGCCUGGCAUUGAGCAGGGUCGUCUUGAGAUGUGGGUUGACAUGUUUCCAAUGGACAUGCCUGCACCAGCGCCUGCUCUUGACAUAUCACCACGGAAACCAAAGAGAUAUGAGCUCAGGGUGAUAAUAUGGAAUACAGACGAAGUAAUUCUGGAAGACGAUGAUUACUUCACAGGGGAAAAGUCCAGUGACAUAUUUGUCAGGGGUUGGUUGAAGGGUCAACAGGAGGAUAAGCAGGAUACGGACGUCCACUACCACUCGUUGACCGGCGAGGGCAACUUCAACUGGCGCUUCGUCUUCCCCUUCGACUACCUGAUGGCCGAGGAGAAAAUCGUCAUGUCCAAGAAGGAGUCCAUGUUCUCCUGGGACGAAACUGAGUACAAGAUUCCUGCACGGCUCACAAUGCAGGUCUGGGACGCUGAUCACUUCUCCGCCGACGACUUCCUGGGUGCGAUUGAACUGGACCUGAACCGUUUCACGCGUGGGGCGAAGACGGCCAAACAGUGCUCUCUGGACAUGGUACUGAAUGCGCAGGACCUGCCCACCAUCUCCAUCUUCAAACAGAAAAGGGUCAAAGGCUGGUGGCCGUUUGUGGCUCGAGAUGAGAACGACGAACUCGCACUAACGGGGAAAGUGGAAGCAGAGCUUCACCUGAUGACUGCGGAGGAGGCUGAGAAGAGUCCUGUUGGGCUUGGACGUAAUGAGCCAGACCCUCUGGAGAAACCCAAUCGCCCCAGUAACAGCCUGGCAUGGCUGCUGCUAAGCCCGUUUCGGGUGACCUGCCUGCUGGCCUGGCGUCAGUACCGGUUCCACUUCCUGGUUCUGCUGCUGGUGCUGCUGGUGCUGGUGUUCCUGGGCCUGCUCUUCAUCUCCAUGCCCUCAGCACUCAGCAACAAGAUUUUUAAUGUGGGAGGAUAACACACACACACACAAUCUCUCUCUCUCUCUCUGUCUCUCUCUCUCUCAUACACAAAGACAGACAGACACACACACACACACACAUGCUGGGGCUGUUACCUCAGUCCCUCACUGUCCCUCAGCCAGAACAUCAUGGGAGGAUGACUCAACCAAAAAAAAAAAAAAAAAACACCCAUUAUUUGAGGAUUUAUCUGCUAAAUAGAACUGCUCAGUUGAAUCAGCUGCAUAGACUCCAGCUUUUUGCUCCAGGACGAUGGCCAACUAUAUCAAGGUGCCCUGAUGAAGUUCACACGGAAUGCUGGACAGUAGCCUAGCCUACCUAAUACGUUUUUAUAAAUAAAAUAAAUUAAUAUGUCUGUGUGCUGUCCAUUUCCAUAAUAAAAACAUGAUUUGUUAUCUGUUAAUUUGGGUGAAAUGUAAUCUGAUGAUUUAUUGGUUAAAUAAGUGUGAUGUCAUGUCUCCACAAAGACUAAACUCUUCUACAUGAAAUGACAUAAAUCAGAGGUUACCAUUUCUCACAACAACGUUUAGAGAAUGAGCUUCAGUGGGUUAUAACUCCGAGGAAAAAUGUAAUCUUUAGAAAAUGCUCAUCGGGACCAUUUGCGAGAGGCUUACUGAUUUUACUAUGCAUUUACGCAGAGAUUUCUGUACUUGAAAAUGCACAUUGCCAAGAUUGUUCUUCAGAGACGAAUG